AUGAAUUCAUCAUGUGCAGAUAUUCUUCUAUUUGCUGCAUAUAAAUGGAAUAUAAGUAAACCAUCAUUAUUAGCUGAUUCGAAAGAUGUUAUGGAUAAUACAACAUCACAAAAAUAUUGGUUUGAUAUUCAAUUACGUUGGGGUGAUUAUGAUUCUCAUGACGUUGAACGUUAUGCACGUGCAAAAUUUCUUGAUUAUACAACUGAUAAUAUGUCAAUUUAUCCAUCACCAACCGGUGUUAUGAUUGGUAUUGAUUUAGCAUAUAAUUUACAUAGUGCAUUUGGUAAUUGGUUUCCUGGUUGUAAACCAUUAAUUCAACAAGCUAUGGCUAAAAUAAUGAAAGCUAAUCCAGCUUUAUAUGUAUUACGUGAACGUAUACGUAAAGGUUUACAAUUAUAUUCAUCUGAACCAACUGAACCCUAUUUAUCAUCACAAAACUAUGGAGAAUUAUUUUCAAAUCAAAUUAUUUGGUUUGUUGAUGAUACAAAUGUUUAUCGUGUUACAAUUCAUAAAACUUAUGAAGGAAAUUUAACAACUAAACCAAUUAAUGGUGCAAUUUUUAUUUUCAAUCCACGUACAGGACAAUUAUUUUUAAAAAUUAUUCAUACAUCGGUUUGGGCUGGACAAAAACGUUUAGGACAAUUAGCUAAAUGGAAAACAGCUGAAGAAGUUGCAGCUUUAAUUCGUUCAUUACCUGUUGAAGAACAACCAAAACAAAUUAUUGUUACUCGUAAGGGUAUGCUUGAUCCAUUAGAAGUUCAUUUACUUGAUUUUCCAAAUAUUGUCAUCAAAGGUAGUGAAUUACAAUUACCAUUUCAAGCUUGUCUUAAAGUUGAAAAAUUUGGUGAUUUAAUCUUAAAAGCUACUGAACCACAAAUGGUUAUGUUUAAUUUAUAUGAUGACUGGUUAAAAUCUAUAUCAUCUUAUACAGCAUUUUCACGUUUAAUUCUUAUUCUUAAAGCUUUACAUGUUAAUAAUGAUCGUGCUAAAAUGAUUUUAAAACCAGAUAAAACAACUAUCACAGAAAUUCAUCAUAUAUGGCCAACAUUAACAAAUGAUGAAUGGAUUAAAGUUGAAGUUUCAUUAAAAGAUUUAAUAUUAGCUGAUUAUGGUAAAAAAAAUAAUGUUAAUGUUGCAUCAUUAACACAAAGUGAAAUACGUGAUAUUAUAUUGGAUUCAUCACAAUUAACUGCAACAACAACUGAAACAGUUAAUAAACAUGGUGAUAGAAUUAUAACAACAACAACAACAAAUUAUGAAACAUCAACAUUUGCAUCGAAAACUGAAUGGCGUAUACGUGCAAUAUCAGCAACGAAUUUACAUUUACGUACAAAUCAUAUUUAUGUUUCAUCAGAUGAUAUUAAAGAAACAGGUUAUCGAUAUAUUUUACCAAAAAAUAUUUUAAAAAAAUUCAUUAUUAUUUCGGAUCUUCGUACACAAAUUGCUGGUUAUUUAUAUGGUGUUAGUCCACCAGAUAAUCCACAAGUUAAAGAAAUUCGUUGUGUUGUUUUACCACCGCAAUGGGGUACACAUCAAACAGUUCAUCUACCAAAUUUAUUACCACAACAUGAAUAUCUUAAAGAUAUGGAACCUCUUGGAUGGAUUCAUACACAACCAAAUGAAUUACCACAAUUAUCUCCACAAGAUAUAACAACUCAUGCUAAAGUAAUGAAUGAUCAUGCAUCAUGGGAUGGAGAAAAAACAGUUAUCAUAACAUGUUCAUUUACACCUGGUUCUGUAUCAUUAACAGCCUAUAAAUUAACACCAACUGGUUAUGAUUGGGGUCGAUCAAAUACGGAUCGAGGAAACAAUCCUAAAGGAUAUGCUCCAUCACAUUAUGAAAAAGUUCAAAUGCUUUUGUCCGAUCGUUUCUUAGGAUUUUUUAUGAUACCAGGACAAGGUUCAUGGAAUUAUAAUUUUAUGGGUGUUCGUCAUGAUGCUAAUAUGAAAUAUGAUUUAAUGUUAUCAAAUCCUAAAGAAUUUUAUCAUGAAAUUCAUCGUCCAUCACAUUUUCUUAAUUUUUCAAAUGAAGAAAAUCCUGAUACAUUUACAGUUGAUCGUGAAGAUCGACUUAAUUAA